GGUUAAACCUCCAUCAGGAAAGAUACUAAGGGUAUCUCAAGCUGUCUGAAGAAAAUCUCCCAUAGAAGGGGCACAAAUCACAGGUAUCCAACAGUCAUUGCGCAUCACCAAGCGCAACCAGCCACCAAACCAUGGCGUCCUCCGCGAACCCCUACCAGAACUAUAGCCAUCCUCAGGCUAGCGACCACGAUGACGACCUCAUCGAUCCCGAUACUGCCUCAUUAGAUGACCUCGACGACCCGCUAGACGAUGCUCCCAACUAUUCCGCACACGCACCCCUCACAGGGAACAUCGGCUCUAGCUCCUCUUCUCGCCCCUUGAAUGAGUCGUAUCUCACCUCCGCGAUGCCCGGCGACGACAGGCGCGCGCCCACAAAUACAAUCGACGAAUCGGUCUGGGACACGCUGUCGCGCGACCUAUUGGCCGUUUGGUCAAAAAUGCGCGAAGUGCUUUAUCCCAAGUAUCUAUUUGGCGGCUCCAUGAUCGAUAAUACCACAACUCUUCGCGGGGCCUAUGAAGGAUUCCGUGCUGGCGGUAUUGCAGGCGCGAGGGAAGAGGUUAGGAAUAUUGCGGGCCGAGUGAUGGAUACGGAGAACUUGCUCAGCCAAGGAAACAUGAGCCAGGGGCUACGGGACUGGGAUCUAUGGGGUCCGUUGGUGUUCUGUCUGGCGCUGAGCUUAUUGCUUAGCUUCAAUGCGAGGCCAGAGCAAAAGAGUGUGGUAUUCAGCGGGGUGUUCGCCAUGAUUUGGAUUGGAGAGGCAGUGGUGACUGCGCAGAUCAAACUGCUAGGCGGCAAUAUAUCCUUCGCUCAGUCUGUCUGCAUAAUCGGAUAUACGCUUUUCCCCCUCGUCAUCGCCGCCCUUCUCUCAGCACUUCACCUCCCAACUAUACCUCGGAUCCCAGUUUACAUUGUCCUAAUCGCCUGGUCUCUUGCGGCCGGUGUUAGUAUCAUGGGCGGCAGUGGCGUGGUUAAGAACCGUGUUGGCAUCGCAGUCUACCCGCUUUUUGUCUUCUAUGUUGGAUUGGGUUGCUUGUGCUUUAUUAGUUAAGCGCUCUACAGGGAGAAGUAUAGGGAUAUGGGAACGUGAAGUAUUGUACGAGGAGUUCAAGGAGUUGGGUUGCAGCAAGAUAUGUAUGCUUAGACCACUCUUUGCUUUUCAAGUUGUGGCAAGAGAACGGUGCAGCAACUUCCAGCAUUCACGAGAUGAGGGCAGCCUGCAAGAUUUGUUCAUGUAUUUUACCAAAGUAUCACUGUAUCAGUUCGGUCCUACAGAAAUGUUUGAGAAAGCUUCCACCGUGAUGUUAACUACAUCACUCAAAACAAAUAAAUCGUAUGAGUCGCAACAAAAC